AUGGAGAAUCAGAUAAGCCAAUUGGCCAACCAAUUUAACCAAGCUCUAAAGACUCCAGGAACCUUCCCGGGCCAGACAGAACAACCUCAAAGAGCCCAAAUGAAUUUUGUAGCCCUGAGGAGUGGAAGGCAGUUGGACGAUCCUCCUACCAUGGAGCCAUCAAGGGAGGUCAAUGAAGAAGCAGAGGCAAGUGAGAAGGAAGUAGAAGAUGUUAGGGUUGAGGAGGCAUCAAAGGAAACACCACUAAAGCCACUUGCUCCAUAUGUGCCCAAGAUUCCUUUUCCUCAAAGGUUAGCACAAGCUAAACUUGAGAAAAAGUUCAGUAAGUUCCUCGAUAUUCUUAAAAAGCUUCAUAUUAAUAUUCCAUUCCUAGAUUCCAUAUCUGAGAUACCUUCUUAUGCAAAAUUUUUAAAAUAUAUGUUAUCUAACAAGAGGAAAUUAGAAGAGAAUACUACUGUUUCUUUGAAUGCAGAGUGUAGUGCUAUUUUGCAGAACACUCUCCCUAAGAAAUUAGGAGAUCCAGGUAGCUAUUCAAUUCCAGUGAAGCUUGGAGAUAUUGAGAUCAAUAGGGCACUAUGCGAUCUGGGUGCAAGUGUGAGUCUUAUGCCGUUGUCCAUAUGCAAGAAGCUACAGCUAGGUGAGCUUAAACCCACACGAAUAUCUCUACAACUUGCAGACAGGUCAGUGAAGUUUCCUUUGGGUGUACUUGAGGAUGUAGCCCUCAGAGUAGGUAAGUUUUUCAUUCCAUGUGAUUUUGUUGUGAUGGAGAUGGAAGAAGAUGUGAAUGUUCCGAUCAUACUUGGUAGACCUUUGCUAGCUACUGCAGGUGCAAUCAUAGACAUGAAGAAAGGUAAGAUCACUUUUGAAGUAGGUGAUGAAAAGUUGGAAUACUCACUUUUGAAUGUCAUGGGUGCUCCCUCUACGGGAGACACUAUUUAUCAGAUAAGACAACUUUCGCAACAGGUGAACCGCCUAUCGACUCUUCAAGAUCAAGCGAAGGUUCAGAAAGAACAAUGCAGUGCUAUCUUCCUGAGAAGAGAUGAACUAUUCCCGAAGCAAAUUGUUGAGAAGGUGUGCAUCAAGGAGCCUAGAAAGGACGUAAAGAGCAAGGAUGUUCAAGGCUCCAAAUAUGUAGCUCCACCGGCCAAUGAUGAACCGAUGCCUUUCAUGGGGGAGUUUGAUAAGUCGUGGUCGAUGGGAUCAACUAUCGAAUGUGAUUGUAGCGGAGGUGGAGGUGGACUAAGUUGCUGCAACUGUCCACUUCUGUUGGCUGGUGAUCACAUUGAUAUUCCUCUAGAUGACAAACGUCCAGAGCAAACUGUUAAGGUGGGCAUGGUUGCUUUUGAAAAGUUGGGUGCAGACUUGCACCUUCUAUUGAAGGAUUUCAAAGACAUUUUUGCCUUUUAA